CAGGCAAAAAGAGAGAAAGGCAUCCCUGUCAGGCAGGACAGCCUGAGCAUGAAGGGGGAUGGGCUACAAGUUCAACAGCACACAACAGCCCAAUGUGCCUGAGGUCGAAACUGAGACGUGAAGUGAGGAAGCCGCUAGCUCAAUGGCACACAACACUCCAAAGUCAAGGUCUCAGCUCAAAUCCCAGUCUCCUGACUCCAGGUGGCCAAUGCCACAGGAAGCUCGGGAUGCUCCGGGCAUCACAGGGAUCGCCAGGGGGGAGCUGCCGACCUGGCGCCUGCGCACACGUCCCAGCCCCGGGCUAAGCGGCCAGCGUUUCGACGUUUCACGCCUGCGCGCGGGCCGUCCCAUCGCGCUCCUUUUUACCCCGGUCUCGUCAGAAGAUUUGGACGAAUAACAUGAGAGAAGGAACUGGAUUUCUGCCAAUCGCUGGAAGGGCACCCAAGAAGGCCAAGAGAAGGGCAGCAGCAGAGGGAGGAAGCUCCAGUGUCUUCUCUAUGUUUGACCAGACUCAGAUCCAGGAGUUCAAGGAGGCCUUCACCGUCAUUGACCAGAACCGCGAUGGCAUCAUCGACAAGGAGGAUCUGCGGGACACCUUCGCAGCCAUGGGACGCCUCAACGUGAAGAAUGAGGAGCUGGAUGCUAUGAUGAAGGAAGCCAGUGGUCCCAUCAAUUUCACUGUCUUCCUGACCAUGUUCGGGGAGAAGCUCAAGGGUGCCGACCCUGAGGAUGUCAUCACUGGAGCCUUCAAAGUCCUGGACCCUGAAGGGAAGGGCACCAUCAAGAAGCAGUUCCUGGAGGAGAUGCUUACCACGCAGUGUGACCGUUUCACCCAUGAGGAGAUCAAGAACAUGUGGGCGGCCUUCCCCCCUGAUGUGGGCGGCAACGUAGAUUACAAGAACAUCUGCUAUGUCAUCACGCAUGGUGACGCCAAGGACCAGGAGUAGGGGACCCUCUUAGGCUUCUUCUGGACAAUGUCCUCCGGCCAAUGCGACCCUCCACACACACAACGCCCGACCCCCAGUAA